AAAGCCCGGCCCUUCCUUCCACCUGCUAGUAAUCUCACGAACCCUUGCGCCGUCGGUCUCUCUCUCUCGCUCUCGUCCCCGCCGCGGCGCCGCCCUGCUCUCCCCCUAGGUGCCGCUGCGAUUUCGGAGGGCCGGUAGUCCGGCGGCAAGGAAGGAGGCGGGGCGCGAUGAGGUUGGAGAAGUGCUGGUUCUGCUCCUCCACCAUCUACCCCGGCCACGGCAUCCAGUUCGUCCGCAACGACGCCAAGAUCUUCCGCUUUUGCCGGUCAAAAUGCCAUAAAAAUUUUAAGAUGAAGAGGAAUCCUCGUAAGGUUAAAUGGACAAAAGCAUACAGAUGCUUGCAUGGGAAGGACAUGACGCAGGACUCCACCUUUGAGUUUGAGAGGAAGAGGAACAGACCAGAGCGCUAUGACCGGAAUGUCACUGCACAAACUCUUAAGGCUAUCCCUCUUAUUACAAAGAUUAGACAUGAACGCCAUAAAAAACAUAUUACAGAGAGGCAAAAACAGGGUAAGACAAAGCAAAGGGAGAGAGAUGCUAAGGAGUUGGAACAGGAUAUUCAAAUGCUCCCGAAGAAGGAUACCAUGCUGUCAACACAAAAGACAAAGGUCGUGGUCAAAGUUUCUCAGCAGCAGACCGAAGAAAAUCUUAUGGAAGAGUAAUGAAAUGGAAUCAUGUUGCAUGCGCUCUCAUUUUGUCAUCUUUAUGCAACACUUGUGUUUCUAAUUGUUACUUUGCAAGUUGUAUUUGACUGAUUACCAGCAAGUUUUGCACGUACUGUGUGCCUGUGUGCUUUGUGACUUCCAUCUAUAUUUGAGCCUUGGGCCUAGUAAUGGUGUCUGUGCGGACUUGCGCUAAGCCCAAGGUGGUGUGCACCCUAGGGCUAACCCUAGGAUAUCUCUAAUCAUAUUUAUUUUAUUUAGUAGCCAUUAUUGUUUA